AAUGUACAAUAUUUCUCCAUAAUAUUUUCUUCUCACUCUUUUGGUUGAUCACGUAGUAGCAUAUUCCUUCUCUGUUCCGAGAAUGAAAGUGAACGCUGACGGAGAUACUGGUGGUUCACCGCCGUCGACGACGGCGACGGUCACCGUGGCGGUGGCAGUUAAGAGUACUGAAGGGAAAGGUAGUCAGCGCGCGGUGAAAUGGGCAGUGGAGAAGCUGUUGGCUAAAGCUCACCGAUUUGUACUCAUUCAUGUGAUGCCUACAAUUACCACAAUUCCAACUCCAUCAGGAGAGAGUACUCUUGUUGAUGAGCUUGAGGCCAAUGUGGUGAAACUAUAUAUGGAGGAUAAGAGGGCUCAAUGUGAAGAAAUCUUUAUCCCAUUUAAGAUUUUGUGCAAAAGAAAAAAUGUUGAGACUUUGGUGCUGGAAGGGAAUAAUCCUGCAACGGUGCUCCUAAAAUAUGUAAAUGACUCUGGGAUUAAAAGUUUAGUCUUGGGCUCUUACUCUCCCAAUUACUUUUCCAGGAAGCUGAAGGGAUCAAGCGUGCCUUCAAUUAUCCUCAAGCAUGCUCCAGAAUGUUGUGAUGUUUAUGUGGUGUCCUCAAAUAAGCUAAUGACAAAUUCGUUAAAUCCCUUAUUGGCUACUGAAGGUGAUCUUCCUACAAUCGAUAAACAAAAAUCCAGUGCAUCUUCUGCCUCCAUAGAUGGUGUCUCUCACAGCAGAUCAUCAUCCCUUGCUUCUAGCCAUCUGAAUUUUCCAGCAUUUGUCGAUGGGGACUCUUCUAAUUAUGUCAGUCUUCAACACAAACUUAAUCAAAAUCUGGAAGAUGUAACCACAGGUCUAGAGACAGUCAAGGAAUGCCAUUCUUCCACUUACUCAGAGCAGUUAGACAUUCAAGAUGAAGUGGAGAAGGUGCGCCUAGAAUUACAGACUACUUUAGCAAUGUACAAUCAAACAUGCGAAGACCUGAUCCAUACCCGAAACAAAGUCCAGUUAUUUUCUUCGCAAUACCUUGAAGAGUCUAGAAAAGUGAAUGCUGCCAAGAAAAGAGAAGAAAAUCUAAGGAAAAUUGCUGCUGAAGAAAAGGAGAGGCAUAUUGAAGCUGAGAAGGAGGUCGAGACUGCAAGAAAAUUGCUUUCAGAAGAGACUUAUGAGAGGCAGAUAGCAGAGUUGAAGGCACUGCAACAGUCCUUAGAGAAAAAGAAAACUGUCGAUGCACUAUUAUCAUCUGAUCACAGGUAUAGAAGGUUGACUAGAGAAGAAAUUGAGGUUGCAACUGAUUACUUUUGUGAGUCCAAGAUGAUUGGUGAAGGGGCAUACGGGAAAGUUUACAAAGGCCAUCUUGAUCAUACCCCUGUUGCCAUCAAAGUUCUUUGUUCCGAUGCAUCCGAAAAGAAAGAGGAAUUUCUAAGAGAGGUGGAGGUUCUUAGCCAGUUACAUCACCCACACAUUGUUUUACUGCUUGGAGCCUGCCCUGAAAAUGGUUGCCUUGUUUAUGAGUAUAUGGAAAACGGAAGCCUGGAAGAUUGCAUUUUGGAACAGAACAGCAAACCAUUUCCCUGGUUUUCUCGAUUAAGGAUACUGUUCGAAGUGGCAUGCGCUCUUGCAUUCCUGCACAACUCAAAGCCUGAGCCUAUUGUUCAUCGAGAUCUUAAACCAGGAAAUAUAUUGCUGGACAAAAAUUUCGUGAGCAAAAUAGGAGAUGUAGGUCUAGCAAAGAUUAUAUCAGAUGUUGUCCCAGAAAGUGUUACAGAAUAUAGGAACUCUGUUCUGGCUGGCACCCUUGGUUACAUGGAUCCAGAGUAUCAAAGAACUGGCACACUCAGACCAAAGUCUGAUCUUUAUGCUUUUGGAAUAAUAACACUUCAAUUACUGGCUGCUUGUCGUCCUAAUGGCCUUAUAAUGAUGUUUGAAAAUGCUAUAAAUAGUAAUUCAUUGGUUGAUAUACUUGAUAAGUCAGUUCCUGAUUGGCCAUUAACUGAAGCAGAGGAGCUUGGUAGGAUGGCACUAAAAUGCUGUAACCUUAGAUGCCGAGAUAGACCAGACCUCGAGACUGAAGUUCUUCCUCUUUUGAAAAGACUUGCUGAAUUUGCUGACAUGCAUAGCAAGGUGGAGGAGAACCUUAUACAGGCACCUAAUCCAUACUUAUGCCCAAUCGUUCAGGAAGUAAUGGAAGAUCCACAUAUUGCAGCUGAUGGGUUUACAUAUGAGCAUAGAGCAAUAAAGUUAUGGCUCACAAGACAUAGUGUAUCACCAGUUACAAAGCAGAUACUGCAGCACAAGCUGGUCACGCCAAAUCGCACAUUGCGACUUGCUAUACAAGAGUGGCGAUCGCAAUUAACAUCGUUCAGACCCAGAUCUUGAAAUAGGGUCGCAAAGUGCAUGAUAUCAAGCCAAAAGGAGGAUUGGAAAAACCAAAAAAGAAAAAAGAAUAGAUUAUUAAUAGAACAAAGUCAAGUGUGUUAUGUUCAUAUACAUCAUUCUAGUUUACAUUAUCAACUGUAGUCUUUUUAAGUAUUGUAUAGCUCCUAAUGGUAGGGAAAACCUAAAUGUAAAGAAAAUGUAACAUAAUUGUGAAUGAGAUAAUAUAUUCUGAUUGCUUUCUUCCA